UAGGAAUUAGAUUCAAGAAAAAAAAAUAAGUGAAAGAAAAUCAAAUAAAAUGUUGAAAUUUGAUAUUUUUGCAAAAAUUAAUACAAAAUUAUUGCCUAUGAAGGCCCACUAUUUCUUGUAUAAUUUAGCAACUGGGCCUAUAAUUGCAAAUUUAUCAAUAAUUGCAAGACAAAAAGGAUUUUCAUCUACUAUCGUUGGUGUACUUUUAACUGCUCUUUAUUUAGUUGCAACCAUAGCAAAGCCAGUUUUUGGCUGGUUAUCUGAUCACUUUAAAAUUCAUAAAUUCAUUUUUAUUUUGAUGCAAGGAAUAACAGCGUUAACAUUCUUUUGUGUAUAUUUCAUUCCGUCCUUUACAAAUCAAGUAACAGUAAAUAGUAAUGAAAAUAGUACAGAAUUAUAUUUUUGUCCAAAGGAACCAAUUUGGGAUAAUUGUUUAAAGGAAAGAAUUGAACAAUACAAAAUAAAAAUAUUUAAAUGUAAUUUAUAUUGUAAACCAGAAAUUUGGAUGAAAGAUAAAAUAUGUCAAUAUAGUGAUGAUGAUAUUAAUUGCCAUUCAAAAUUUAAACCAUUUAAACAUGAAAUUUAUUUAGAUAUGGAAACAAUAGAAAAAGAUUCUAGUUGCAUAAUUAUGAAAGAAUUCAAGAAUACAUUAGUUUUAAAUAAUAGUAUGACGACAUUUUAUUCUGAUGCUGCUCUGUUUGCAAAAUUUUAUGAAAUAAAUUGUGAAGCAACAUGUGAAGAUGAUUUCUUAAAGGGUACAUUAGCAAAUAAGGGUACAAUGUCAGAUGAUGAAAUUUUAAAACAAUAUCAAUUUUGGUUAUUUUGUGGAUUACUUUUAAUUGGUUACUCGUCAAAUUCAGUUGUAAUUAGUAUGGCUGAUACAAUUUGUUUUGAUUUACUAGGUGAGGAUAGUCAUUUGUAUGGAAGGCAAAGAAUGUGGGAUGCUGUGGGAUGGGGUGUUGCCGCAGUUUUAAUUGGAACAAUAAUUGAUGGUAUUUCUGGUAAUUCAGUAUUUAAAGAUUAUACAAUUGUAUAUUUUUUCUGUUUGGUUAUAAUAUUGAUGAAUAUGCUGUGUUCUCUGAAAUUGGAGUACACUCAACCAGUAAAAUCAAAAAGUAUUUUAAAGGAUGUUGGAAAACUUUUUAAAUCAGCUAAAAUUUUUACAUUUUUCUGUUGGUGUUGUCUUGCUGGUUUUUUUUCAGCUGUUAUUUGGAAUUUUGUAUUUUGGCAUUUGGAAGAAUUAUCAGAUCAAAUAGGACAAAAUGAUUGUGGUAGCAAUUAUAUUAAAACUUUGGAAGGAAUUGAUUUGCUUUUCCAGUGUCUUAUUGGAGAAAUUCCAUUUUUCUUUUUUGCUGGUUAUAUUAUAAAAAAGAUUGGAUCAAUUAAUUGUAUGCACAUAACAUUUGCAGCAUUUACAAUUCGAUUUUUUUAUUAUUCUGCACUUUUAAAUCCCUGGUGGGUAUUACCAAUAGAGGCACUUAAUGGUUUAACUUAUGGUUUAUUAUAUGCAACCAUGACAACAUAUGUAAAUAUUAUAGCACCACCUGGAACAGAGGCAACCUUACAGGGAUUUGUUGGAGCACUUUUUGAAGGAGUUGGAAUUUCAUUAGGUAACUUUGCCGCUGGAACUCUCUUUAAUAUCUUUGGAGGACAUUAUGCAUUUUUGAUUUUUGGUAUAACAUCAGCUUCUGCAUUGGCAAUUCAUAUUUUGGUACAUAUGAUUUUUAAUUGGUAUGAAAAAAAUAAAAAACCAUCGAAUGAAGUCAUUAAACCAUAA